AUGCAUAGGAAGGGCAAUGGAGAGCUCCCUUUGCCGGAUGGUUGGGAAGAAGCGAGAGAUUACGACGGUAAAGUCUUUUAUAUUGAUCACAACACCAAGCAAACGAGCUGGAUCGAUCCCCGAGACAGGUUUACCAAACCCCUGACGUUUGCGGAUUGUGUGGGCGAUGAGCUCCCUUUAGGUUGGGAGGAUGCCUAUGAUCCUCAAAUUGGCAUCUUCUACAUUGACCACAUCAACAAAACCACCCAGUUAGAGGAUCCGCGAGCACAAUGGAGGAAGGAGCAGGAACGAAUGCUGAAGGAUUACCUGAUGGUGGCACAGGAUGCGCUCAGCACUCAGAAGGAACUCUACCAAGUUAAAGAGCAAAGACUAGCACUAGCCAUUGACGAGUACAUGCGCCUCAAUGAUGUCUGGAAGGAUAAGUCCAGUUCCCGCACCAGUUUGUUCUCAGGAUCUUCAUCAAGCACAAAGUAUGAUCCCGAUAUCCUUAAGGCAGAAAUAUCAACCACAAAGGUCCGGGUAAACAAGCUGAAGAGAGAACUUUCCCAGAUGAAACAAGAGCUGAUGUACAAAGAGCAAGGAUUUGAAACCCUCCAGGAAAUUGAUCGGAAGAUGUCUGGAGGACAGAGCAGUUAUGAACUGAAAGAGGCCAAAGCCAUCUUAAGUGAGCUGAAAACCAUCAAGAAGGCCAUUAGUACAGGCGAAAAAGAGAAACAGGAUCUCAUGCAGAGUCUUGCCAAACUGAAGGAUCGAUUCCAUUCUAACCAGAGUGUAGGAACCUUCGAGCCAGAUUUGCACUCCAAUCCAGCCAAUUCCCGACUCUCCAUCUCCAGGCAGUGCCUAGACGCUGGCUCACAAACAGAUAUCACUGGUGAUUUUGGCCCAAGAAGCCGAGCCAAUCUGGCUGAGAAGGUCAGGCUGAGUCUUCAGUAUGAAGAGGCAAAGAGGAGAAUAGCAAAUAUAAAAAUCGAAUUGUCAAAGCUGGAUUCCGAAGCCUGGCCAGGGAUGCUUGAUGUUGAACGAGACAAGCUGAUGCUGAUUAAUGAGAAGGAAGAACUCCUGAAGGAACUGCAGUUUGUGACACUACGGAAAUGCUCACAGGAUGAGCUGACACGGCUGGAGGCAGAAAGGAAGCGAUUGGAAGAGGAGCUUCAUUCUGCACCAAACGCACCCAGUGAAGCACUGGCUGAGAGACUAAAAUUACAAGAGAAGAGGAAGGGGCUUGUGCAACAGCUUGAGGAUGCGACGCAACUAACCAUGUCUCUACAUUCACAACUUAAAAGCCUUUCAGCAAGCACACUGUCGGUCUCGUCUGGAAGCAGUCUGGGGUCACUGACAUCAAGCCGGGGGUCCCUCAACACUUCCAGUAGGGGAUCUCUAAACUCGCUCAGUUCCACUGAACUUUAUUACAGCCAGCCAGAUCAAACACCUGACCUGGACUACCAGUACAAACUAGACUUUAUGCUGCAAGAAAAAGCCGGUUACAGUCCUUCAGGGCCCAUAACCACCAUCCAUGAAAACGAGGUGAUAAAAUCCCACAAAGAGCCACGCUAUGAGGACUCUGCUGGCUCCUCUACUUCAGGACAUGCUGUGAAAUCUUUAGUUGAGGCUCCCAAAUCAGUAACCUCAUUGUCGUCCAGAUCUUCGCUUUCUUCCUUGUCUCCUCCCAGCUCACCGCUGGUCUCGGAUGCAGUAUUUUUGUCUUUAACACAAGAGUCGCCUUUGCACCACCUGAUGACGGACUUUGAAGACUGUGAAUUGCACCGUGGUUUUGCAAAUCUUGGCCUCUAUGGCAAUAGUGACAGCCAAAUGUUGCUGGAACCUGAGCAGACCAGCAGGACACAAACGCCCUACCUGAGCAUCGUGUCAGGGAUUCGAAGCAGAACUGGACAAUACCUGAAUGAGGCUAAAGUCCUUAAUGACGAAUUGGCCGUUCCUCUUUCUACGCUAAAUGAAAGCAUUGCAGGUGUUGAUUUAGAACGAGGAGCAGUGGGACAUCUACUUGAAGAGAAAACAGCAUGCGUUUCUGCUGCCGUUUCUGAUGAAUCUGUUGCUGGAGACAGUGGGGUGUACGAGGCUUCUGUCAAACGGCCAAAUGAAACUGAAGAUGCCAUUUAUGAUGAAGAUGAGCCUUCCACAUUAGAGGCAGCUCAAAUCCAGAUAGGACUGAAGUACGAUCCCACCAGUGCAAGUUUUAUUAUAAUCAUCGUGCAGCUGAGAAAUCCGUCUGCCCUCCUCGUGCCAUCUGGGUGCAAGGUGUACAUUAGAGCUGCAUUGCUUCCGAGCUCGUGUGACUCCAGCAGCCUUUUCCGGACAAAGGUUCACAGCAUUGCAGAGAGUCUCAUGUUCAAUGAGGUGUUCAGGGUAGCCAUUACCCAAGCUGCUUUACAUCAGAAGACGCUACGAGUUGAUGUUUGCUCUGUGGGGAAGACGCAGUUGGAGGAUUGUCUGGCUGGAACCCAAAUCAGUCUGGCGGACCUCUCCAGCAAUGGUGAGACUUCGACAAGCUGGUACAACAUGCUACAUUACAAGAACAUGAACAUUCAUAAUUCAAAGAACAAAGCACAAACUGAAGAAGCCUCACUGACACCUCAGCCUUGCAGCACUAUAGACAAGUUCCAUUGCCUUUCUUCUCUUCAUAUCCAGCAGGAUGCUGUAUCUGCACUGCUGGAGAGGACAUCUGUUGAGCUGCAAGCUGUAGAACAGGAACUGGCUACAGAGGACGGAGAUGGUGCAGCAGGCGAAGACUGGCUGGAGAUGCUAGUGGAAGAUACUGCUGAGGCACAGGAAGAAGGAAAGGGCAUUGGCAAAGAGGCAGAGGUGGAAGAGGAUGCUGUGGAACUAGUUGAAUUGCAAGAAAUUCCCCAGAGUAUGAGUGAUGAAGAAAGAAGUGAUGUGAUGGAGUCACACAUAGUGCUGCAAACUCUGGUUGACAAGGAAAUGAACACGGAGGAGGCUGUGAUGGAGUGUGUGGCUGUCAGGCCUAAGGACAGGACCAACCUGAACAAUAGGCAAAAGCAUUUUGUGAGGAACAGUAUGAUUGUAAGAUCCCAAACCUUUUCUCCAGGAGAAAGAAAUCAGUACAUUUGCAGGUUGAAUCGAAGUGACAGUGACAGCUCAACAUUAGCCAAAAGGUCGCCUUUCGUGCGUAAUGCCAUGGAACGGCGAAGCUUGCGAGUUAAAAGGACCCUCUGCCAACCGGUUGUGAGAAGAACUGCAGAGCACCCCAUCCGCACCUCUCUCGACUUGGAGCUGGAUCUUCAAGCAACACUGACGUGGCAUAGUCGUUUGAAUGAUGAGCUACAAGUGCUCAGGGAACUGAAAAAUAGGUUGGAGGAGGUGAAAGCUAAGGGGGAGACAGAACUGCCCACAUGGGUGCUGGAGGAUGACAGGUUCCAGAAGCUUUUAAAACAAGCAGAAAAACAGGCUGAACAAACAAAAGAAGAACAAAAGCAGGAGUGGAGGGCUGAGAAGCUGAUGAGAAAGGCCUCAAAGGAGGUGUGCAGGCUACGAGAGCAGAGCCAGAAGAUGCCACUGCAGGUCCAGUCAUUCAGGGAGAAGAUGGCGUUUUUCACCAGAGCAAAGAUCAGCAUCCCAUCACUACCUGCUGAUGAUGUAUAAUUAGUCUAUCAUGUAGAUUACAAAGUACUUUUCAGCAUUUUAGCAGAUUUUGAUAGUUAGCUGGCUAAAAUCUUUUCAAACAUUCUGGCAAUAUAGAUAAUAACGUCUUUGUAAAAUAAUUGUAAUUGAAUAUCCUUGUAUGUAAAAAAAAACAUUUUUUUGUCAGAGAAAAACUAAAGUAGUGUAACUCUGAAGCAGUCAUGCUAAUUUUGUACAGUUUGUAUGUAUUUUUUGGUUUGCUUUUAUUUUGUAAAGAUGGGAUACAGGAAUGGUAGCAGUUCAGAAAAAUGUAUUCUGUUGAACAGCGCUGCAUUUUAGAAGAAAACAUCCCCACACCCCCACCCUCUCCCACCACACCUCUCCUGUUCAACAGAAGAUAUUGUAUUCUUUGUCAAUGUUUGCAUAAGAUCAGACUGUGAUUGUGGCUGUGAGCCACGGAAUAUUUUUGUACAAGGGGUGUGAAGCUGUUGGGGUUUUUUUUUGAUGUGUGUUCUUCUUGAUUCUGUGACGACAUUUUUUUGAGACCAGUGCUUGCACUGUAUUCACCUCCCAGCUAUGCCUCAAGGUUUUUUUUUUCCUCCUCCUCCCAUCCCUUCCCCAAACAAAUCCCCCCCCCACCCCCAUAUUUCUGUUCUCACCCCUGCACAGGGUGGAAUGGCCUUGUUGGUGCUGAGCCUAAAACUCCUUCUUAUGUGAACUUUACAGUAUUUUCCAUUGAUCAAUCUCAGUUGUUUUUGUUCUCUGGAGUUGGAGGCAACAUCACACCUCUGUGACCUUGUGAAUGUGUGCUGCUGCCGCUGCUGCUACUGCUCUUCCUUUCACAAAAGCAAAAUUAAUCAUUUCACCCUUUAAGUACUGCUUUUAGUUUGGAGAUUUUCAACUAUGUACUUUUGAUUGGAGAAUAUCUGCAGGGCUGGUUUUUUCAUAAACUUCCAGCGAUGAAUAUUACUAACGCAAUUGGGGAUUUUAAUUGCAUUGGUUGAGGUAGGAUCUCUAACAUGCCAGCUUAAAAUAUGUGAUACAUUUUUUUUUCUGAAAGUUUGUUUUUUUUAGAGCCGUUCCUGGAAACUCCCCAAAACAAGGGCAUUCUACCUUUAAAAUACACAGAUCCUUUAUUAAUUCUAUAAGUCCAUGGAACUAGGCCACACAGACCUGGAAGACCCCAGAUUCUAUUCCCAACCUGUGCCAAAUGAGUUAAUCUCUCCCAGACCGGCAUUUGCAGGUAGUUUCAUCUUACCUGGUCAUUAUGUAGCAUGAAGUUGUAAGCAUAUUCUUCUAGAAUAUAUUGACAAUGUUGCUACACAAAGUCACCAGGUAGAGAGGCAGGGAAACAUAAAACAGGAAUCCCAAUCUUGAUUGCUAUCCUGUGAAUCCCGACUAACUGGAAAGAGUACAUGAGUGGAUUUGAAUGAGGUUGGAUGCAGCUCCCCUUUCAACAUCAUCAAAUGAUCUGCCAACACUCACGGCCUAGGUUGACACAUAACCAGUUGGGCAGAGCUUCCUGUUCAGGUGGGUACCAUACCAUGGUACAAAUCAGUGGCUUCAGGGAGGAGCAAAGAAAAUUGAUAGGUGUGAAGAAAGGAAUUAAACUCCCUCACACCCCAUUUUUCUUAAGUACAUUUCUGAAUAAAUGUAAGUAAAAUAUAAACCAAAUGGCAUUACAGGCAAAAUAAUAUGUAGAAUAAAAAAUGUCCAAGGAUGCAGUUGAACAGCAGCUUCCAUGAACAAUCCUAACUUUUCAAAAGGUUUGCUCUUGUGAUGCAGACAACACUGAUGAGGCCACAUUUAUGGCCUUUCCAAAAGCUAUUGUUUGUACAACUGAGUGUCUUGCUAGGCCAUUAAAAGUCAAUUAUCCAGAGUGGGUCUAGAGGCCCAUGUGGGCCAGACCAGGUAAGAGUGGCAGGCUCCCUUUUCCUGAAGGACAUUAGUUAUCAUUUGGAUUUUUACAACAAUCUGACAGCCUUCGUGGGAAUUUUUCUGGUGUUAGUCAGAUCACUGAAUCCAGUUCCAAAACUGGUUGCAGCAGAAUCUAAAAUCGUGACUUCAGGAUUGAUAGUCCAGUGGUACAAACAGUACAUCACUGUAAUGCAAGGAACUAAGAGCUUUAUCCUCUGAUCAUCCUUUUUUUUUAGGUUAUAUGUAUAAUAUUUUAACUACAUACCUUACUGAACAAAAUAGGGUUAAAAAACAACCAAAAAUGGAUUGUUGUAGUUUCAUCUUACCUGGUCAUUAUGUAGCAUGAAGUUGUAAGCAUAUUCUUCUAGAAUAUAUUGAUAAUGUUGCUACACAAAGUCACCAGAGCACCUCUUCCCCCAUUGGGGUUGGGCAGGUGGCGGUCAUUUGCGGGGGAUGGGGUGGAAACAGAGGAUGUGUACUGAUAAACAAGCAGCAUCAGGCAAAAAAAGCUGUCAAAGCUAUAACUUUCUAAACAAGAGCUAAAGGUAUCCCAGUGUCUGAAUGUAGGAUUUAUUUGGGGGGGUGGGGGUGGCGGUCAAGUAUUCUGCAAAUACCUUGUUAAGUGCCAUGUUCUUUCUAUUAAAUUGUUAACAAGUCAAACAUACUGUUUAAUCAUGAAAUCUUACAGCACAGAAACAGGUCAUUUGGCCUGACAAGUCUAUGACGGUAUUUUAUUCCACACGAGCCAACUAGCCUAAUAUCACUCUCCAUCUCUUAUGUCAUGCCCUUCGAUCUUCUUCUACUUCAACAAUGGUUUGCAGUAGUCUUGACCACCCACUGUGAAUCUUUUCUAGUGUCUAAUCGGGUAUAUAAAUUAAUUCAGGAAGGAAAAAAGACUUGGGCAUGAAUUAAUGACGAAAUAGUGAUGUCCUGCUCUUGACUAUGGUAUUUCUGAAGAAAAAGAACUGGACAUUUAACUUCUGUUGGCAAAUACCAGCUGGAUAGCACUGGAGGCAUGAAUUGAAACGUGGCAAGGCAUACUUGUGUCUCUCAUGGUGUUCACUCAUGUUUCAGGUUACCUUAUGUUUCUGGGAAGAUGGUGCCCGAAAAUAAAAUGCUUUUCCUUUGGAUGUGUGCCAUCUUCUUUCACAUAGUAUUACUCUCCUCUCCCAUGUUGACAGUACUUUUACUGCAAGGACACCCUUGUUUUCUUCUAUCUUCACUUGUAUUUGACUACUAGAAGGUGUGCCACUAACAUCUUAAAAGGUCAACAUUAAGCUGGAAAUUCUUUGACUAUUUAAUGUGGAGCUAAAUGAAGUAAUGAAGGAUACUGUUUCAGCUUGCAUGUGUAUGUCUGAUAUGUAAAAAAUGAAGUAUUUACAGUGAUAUUCUUAGAAUUGUGCCUUUUAAGCCUCCUGUUUAUUUAUUACAGUCUUAUUUAUGUUUUGUUCUGUGUAGUUCAGUUCUGGACAUUUUUUCCAUUCUUUUUAAGACUGCAGUUGGUAUAUUCUGAUGUUUAGAGUUAUUUUUGUAGGAACAGCUAAAUAUAUUCACAGAAUAUUGGAAAUGAGGAAAGCAAUUCAAUGGGUUAGCAGUUACUAUCUUGCCACUUUUAGAAUGUGCUUUGUAUUUUUCAAAGCAGUACAGGGUGGGAUCUCUGCACAAAUAAAUAAAGUUUCAGGCUGGAAUUGUGAGUCUUCAAGACACUCUUCUGUCAGCAUUUUAUAGGAUGUAAUGGUUCAUUCAUUAAAGGCCUUAUUAUUAGUCUUGAAUUGUUAACAUUGAAGAAGUCAGGUUUUUGCAUUUGAAAUUAAGGUUUAACUUGUGAAGUAGGCUGUUUCCAUCAGAAAACGUGUGGCAGCUGUUAUCAUAGUAGAUAUUCAAUAAGGAAAUCACUGAAGUCAAAUUUGUUCUUGACAUUUAUAUCUUAUUUUUUGCUAUGACACAAUUUUAUACAAAAAAUUUCUUAAUCUUUCUAUACAUCUAUAGAAGUAUUAAUUUAUUUCCUGCAUUUUACACACUAAUGUAAUAUAUAAAUGUAGGUGCACCAUGGUAAACCAUACUAAUCAAUGGAGUGCUAAUGACUACAACUGACUUUACUGAAUCUUCCGCUGUGAUUUUUUUCUGUAUAAAAAUGAAGAAAAAAACUUUAUAAGGAUAUUUUAUCUUUCAUAUUGAAUACCAUUAAAAUGAAUAUAAAAAUGUGACUUAUGCAGCCACAAGUGUUUAAUCGAACAACAUAGUCUUAUCAAAGAUGGUACCUGAAAUGUUUCUUGGGGUCUUAAUUCCAACCGUUUUUUUGGAAAUUGAGAGAACACAUUUGUCCUCAAAUGCUCAGAACUGAACUAGCUAGCCGAACAUGUUUCCCUCAGAUUAUGGUUUUCAUUCUAAUUUUAGAUCUCCUGUAGUGUACAAAUAAACCAUCAUGUUGAGUAUUGUGGUCUAUGCACUUUUCCACAUGUUUCAGUGAUUGAUUAAAAAAAAACAAUUUUUGAAG